AUUGUGAUUCCAGGGGAACAUUUGAGAAUCUGCCCUCAGGAAUAUACAUGCUGCACCUCAGAAAUGGAGGACAAGUUAAGCCAACAGAGCAAACUGGAGUUUGAAAACUUGGUGGAGGAGACGAGUCACUUUGUACGCACGACUUUCGUAUCCCGGCACAAGAAGUUUGAUGAGUUUUUCCGAGAACUCCUGGAGAAUGCGGAGCGAUCCCUGAACGACAUGUUUGUCCGGACGUACGGCAUGCUGUACAUGCAGAACUCUGAGGUGUUUCAGGACCUCUUUGCCGAGCUGAAGCGCUAUUACACGGGAGGCAACGUCAACCUGGAGGAGAUGCUCAACGACUUCUGGGCUCGGCUGCUGGAGCGGAUGUUCCAGCUCAUAAACCCCCAGUACCACUUCAGUGAGGACUACCUGGAGUGUGUGAGCAAGUACACGGACCAGCUGAAGCCCUUUGGAGACGUGCCCAGGAAGCUGAAGGUUCAAGUGACUCGAGCGUUCAUUGCUGCCCGCACCUUUGUUCAGGGGCUGACAGUAGGAAGAGAGGUUGCAAACAGAGUAUCCAAGGUCAGUCCCACCCCAGGGUGCAUCCGGGCGUUAAUGAAGAUGUUGUACUGCCCUUACUGCAGAGGACUUCCCACUGUGAAACCUUGCAACAACUAUUGCCUCAAUGUAAUGAAAGGCUGCCUAGCAAAUCAGGCUGAUUUGGAUACUGAGUGGAAUCUGUUCAUAGAUGCUAUGCUUCUGGUAGCGGAGAGAUUAGAGGGACCAUUCAACAUUGAAUCAGUCAUGGAUCCUAUUGAUGUCAAGAUUUCUGAAGCCAUCAUGAACAUGCAAGAGAACAGCAUGCAGGUGUCAGCAAAGGUUUUCCAAGGAUGUGGCCAACCAAAACCAGCACCUGCCCUGAGAUCUUCCCGUUCUGUCCCUGAAAACUUCAAUACCCGAUUUAGACCAUAUAUCCCAGAGGAGAGACCUACAACUGCUGCUGGCACAAGCUUGGAUAGGCUGAGGACUAUCUGGAGGACAAUGCAACAUGGUGUAACAGACAUUAAAGAAAAGCUAAAGCUCUCUAAAAAGUUCUGGUCAACCCUGCCCUACACAAUCUGCAAGGAUGAGCGGGUGACAGCGGGUCCGUCCGUCGAGGAGGACUGCUGGAAUGGCCACACCAAGGCGAGAUACUUGCCUGAGAUUAUGAACGAUGGCUUGACGAACCAGAUCAACAAUCCAGAAGUAGAUGUGGACAUCACAAGGCCAGACACCUUCAUUCGACAGCAAAUCAUGGCCUUGCGUGUCAUGACUAACAAACUGAAGAACGCGUACAAUGGGAAUGAUGUCAACUUCCAGGACACAAGUGACGAAAGCAGCGGCUCAGGCAGCGGGAGUGGCUGCACAGAUGACAUCUGCCCCACUGAGUUUGACUUUGUCACCACCGAAGCGCCGCCUGUCGACUCGGACAGGAGGGAGGUGGAGGCUUCAGCCACACAGCCUGGCUGCUCACUGCAGACAUUGCUCCUCAUCUUCCUCAGCCUCCUACUGCAGAGACAGUGGAGAUAAUCCUGGAUCUAGUCAGAGAAACUGUGUUUUAGCUACAGAAACAGCCUACUUUCUUCUUUUCUUAUACUCUUGGACAAUGGACCAUGCCACAAACACUUGCAGUUUUCUACAAGAUGGCAGUUAUUGCAACCUGCUUCCCAUUUUAGUUUUCCCAAAGAGUACCAGGUGCCAGACUGAACUGCUUCCUGCUUUUUUUCAGAUAUCUCUGAAGACAAUAUCCACUCUUGAGAGAAUUCUUUCUCAAUUCUUUAUUACAGGAGACUUUCUGAGCUUCAUUUCCUUUUAUGCUGCAAAAGGGAAAAAAAAGAUCUUACAGUAUGUGUUUUUCCCCAGUGAGAAAAAAGACGGGGGAAGAAACCAAGAAAGUUUUCUUUCUGAAUCAAGCCUGACUCAAGGCUGCUGCAUUUCAACAGAAUAUCAACAAAACAAAAAAAAAAAAAAA